AUGCAAAAUGCACAACAAAACUUCCAUACAUACAACAUUCUCAUCAUUGGUGGUUCGUAUGCUGGCCUCUCUGCAGCUGUCAAUCUCCUUGAUCUCCAUCGUGGCUUACAGCCGCGCCAAAGCAAAGAGCCCUAUAUCCAUCAGCGCCAGCUCCCAAAGUACAGUAUCAAAAUUACGAUUAUAGAUGAGCGCGACGGCUUUUACCACCUCGUCGGGUCACCUUUGGCCUUGUUCGACAAGGCAUUUGCGAACAAGACCUGGGUUAAGUAUCAAGAUAUCCCAGAAAUGCAGGGUCCACUCAUCAAGCAUAUCCAAGGAGCCGUGACGGAAGUCGAUUGUGUUAAAAAGAAAGCAGUGAUUGUUGACGAAGCCACCAAGACGCGGAUGAUCCUGUCAUACGAUAUUCUUGUCGCGGCCUCAGGUCUACGACGUGCCUGGCCUAUUGCCCCUCGGGCCAAAACAAAACAAGAAUUUCUAUCUCACAUAGUGCAGCAUACGGAGAGCUUUGAAGAUGCCUCAUGCGGUGUCGUUAUCGUUGGUGGCGGGGCUGUCGGCGUGGAAAUAGCUGCAAAGCUCAAGAUGCUCAUUCCUCGACUCAUUGUGAGCCUGGUUCAUUCACGAGAUAUGCUUCUAUCCUCGGAGCCGAUUCCUGACAGCGCCAAAGAAAGGACCUUGGAGCUAUUGAGGGGCACUGGGGUUAGGGUAUUGAUGAAUCAUCGUUUGUGCCAAAUGUCUGAAGAGCAGGCGUCGGAUGGAUACAAUUUACUCCGCCUUACAUUUAAUACUGGGACGCAGAUGGUGGCUAGCAAAGUCAUACACGCCAUCUCACAGAGCGUGCCAUCGACCGAAUAUCUGCCAGCAUCGGCUUUGGAUUUGAAUGGUUACGUUGAGGUCUUGCCAAGUCUGAACUUGAGACCGGGCACGCCAAAUCAUCAAGAUCAUUUCUCAGCGGGCGACAUUGUGCAAUGGCCGGGGAUCAAACGUUGCAGUGGCGCGAUGCACAUGGGUCAAUUAGUCGCACAGAAUGUCCAUCAGCGCAUCAUCCAAAAGCUCACUGGCAGAGAACCUACGAUGAAGGACCUGGAAGAGUUCCCGCCCAUGAUUGCUGUUGCCGUCGCCAAGAGUGCUGUUUCUUAUGCACCGCAAACAGGAGUCACAUGGGGGGCUGAGGUGCUGAAAACAUAUUUUGGGGACGACAUGGCCUUUUCAUUUUGUAAAAGUGCUAUGCAGCUAGGCUGUGAGACGGACUCCGCACAGUCAACAUGCUCUACCGACAUGUAA